AUGAGAUUUCAAUAUCUUGUUAUUUUCCUCCUUGUUUUGUUGGCCUCUGCGGCCAGAAAUCAAGCAAAACCAGGUGGUUAUAGCCCCAUCAAGAACCUCAAUGAUCCACACGUGAUUGAAAUCGCCAACUUUGCCGUGACCGAGUAUGGCAAGCAACAAAGAUUUUAUUCAAAGUUGGACAAGAUCAUCAAGGGUGAAUCACAAGCUGUUGAUGGGACCAACUACCGUUUCAUCCUUUAUGUCAUCAUUGGAUCUGAGUCCUACCCUUACAAGGCCUUUGUGCAUGAGAAUGCAUCGAAGAGCUUCAAGAAACUCAUUUCCUUUGUAUCUAUUGAUUAA